AUGAGUGCUAAUAACCAACCACCCUUGUACCCGUUACAAGAUGCUAUUCCCAAAUAUGACUGUAAACCAGUUAAUCUCAACGGUAAACUUUCAGAUAUUUGGUUACAGAAUGAAUAUCAAAAGUUGUCAAUAAUAUCUGAUCAACUGGGACGUGAGAGCAGAAAGAGGAUAAGAAAUAAAGAGGAGACGGCGGGCGAAGACGAUGGCUAUGAUAGAGAGGGUACCGAGUCCUGUGACGACAUGAUUAUUUCAGACACCGACUGUAAUAGCCAAAUAUCGGGUCAGAGUGCUAUAAUAUCGGGUAUAUCAUCUUUCAGGGAGAACGGAUUGGUGCAUCCUCCCAAGCGGAGAUUAAUGAGUGUACCAUCACCAACGAAUACUGUUACUCCAACUGUCACUGAAAACAACAAUAGUAAUGAAACCAUAUCACAAACCAAUCAGAACAACCAAGAGCACAUAAUAGUGCAACCACGUACACCUACCGAAGUGAAUUCUCCUACCAAUACUCCUAUAUCCGAUAUUGAAGAGCAGUCACAACAGUUACCGUUGCCUUCCCCAAGUGCAUCGCCUGUACAAUCUACAGGAGAUAAAAUUUCAAAUUUCGAUCCUAUAGAGCACCAAUUAUCCAAUAUACCUACAACGCAAUCGGAGUUGAUGGAAAUGAUGAUGAAUCUUUCAGGAUACUUGAAUGAAAAGAACCAGAAUAAUUUUAUAUUUAGGUUAUUGCAGAAUACCAAUAGACCUUCAUUAAGUACGUUUAGCGGUUUGAUUGAAAAUAGCUUGAAGAGGGAUUUGAUAAGUAACUUACCUCUUGAAAUAACGUACAACAUCUUAUCACACUUAGAUUAUAAAACAUUAUGUUCGCUUGCUCGUGUGUGUUCGAGCUGGUACAAGAUUAUUGACAAUUCAAACAUCUGGACACAACUACUCAAGAAAGACAAGCUUAUUACAAGUGACGAAGCAAUUGAGCAGGAAAUUUCCAAUCCAGAAAAAUUGUUGAAAGAUUGGUCCUUAAAGUCAGAUACAAGUGAAGCGAAUGUAGUACAAACCUUGUACAAGAAACGUUGCACUAUCUUAAACCGGUGGAUGGAUCCUACUUAUGAACCUAAACGAAUUAGUGUUCCUGGACACGGUAGCCACGUUGUGACAUGUUUGCAACACGAUGAUGAAAAAAUUAUAACAGGUGUUGAUGAUAAACUAAUUAAUAUAUACAGUACAAAAACAGGAGAGCUAUUAAAGGUUUUAAAAGGUCACGAAGGAG